CAUUACCCCUAGUUAAUUUACAAUCACCCAACCUCAUAUUCUCCCCCUUCCAAAAAACAUAAUCCACACCCCGUAAAACAUAUUGAGUUCCCAUCUUGACCUCUUCCCUCCAGUAAAUUUGCUAGUUAUGAAUGUACCAGAAGCGAAACACUAUAAGGGGUCGUUUGGUUUUGGUAAUAAUUAAAUCAAUGCAUUGUUGUCAAUGCAUGCAUUGUAAUACACAUGCAAUUAGGAAAAAUGAUGUAAUGUAGUUUACAUCAUUUGCUUUUGGUGAUUGUUGUUUUAGUAUUCAAAAAAGUGUAUUUCUUUUUUCUAUGAAAUAUCUUUUUUACCCUUGUUUUUAUGGGUUAUAGACGAAUACCGAUUUGCAGUAAUUCUACCUCUCUUUGAAUUAUAGAGAUAGACACAUGUAUUCUACUUGAGGAGAACGACGACGAGACUGAGAGGGCUAGACCGACGACGAAAUUUUGAAGGAAGAGGGUUUUAAAUUAAGCCAGUGGUAGAGACAUCCAUAAACAAAGUAGAGGGAACUGAGCAUGGGUGUUCCCGGAAAAUGAGAGCGUAUUAGAUAAUAAAAGUUCAAGGAUAUUAUGGGAAUAUAGAUAAAUAACUAGGGAUAUAAUUGGAACAAAAAAAAAAGAAUCAAACGAUCUCAACAAUCUCAAGUUUUACAUGAGAUAGUAAUAUCACUCAUUUUGAGUGAUUCUUUCCAUCACAUCAACAAAAUAAUGCAUGUAUUGUUGCAGAAAAAAAUCAAGAAAAACGAUGUAUUGUCGACAAUGCAUCCAUUGUAACAAUCCCACCUAAACUAUCACAAAAAACAAACGACCCCCUAAACCCUGAAAAGUUUCAACACCUUUUCUCAAAGCCACUCUUUGCGCCAAAAGAAAAAUGGACCAUCGGGGAGCACCACACACUAGUCAGAGAAGCUCUUUGUCGGUGCACUGCUCUUCGAAGAGGAAAUAAGGAAUAAGGCUUUUCACGAAAAGUAAUGAUGAAAGAGAAAGGGAGAGAGGAUCCACCAUUGUCAACUCGACGACGGCGAGGGGACUAGAGACGGACAAAAUCGAUUGCAGGUAGUAUGCAACUCAAACCAAGAUGUGUGAUUAUGGACUGUCUAUGAGGAGAAGAAAAACUAAGGGGUCGUUUGGUUUUGGUAUUAGUUGAGCUAGGAUUGUUACAAUGUGUGUAUUGUUAACAAUGCAUUAUUUUUUUGACUUUUGUUCUUCAACAAUGCAACCAUUUUUUUGUUGAUUUGAUGGAAAAAAUCACUCAUAUUUAGUGAUAUUACUAUCUCAAGCAAAUCUUGAGAUUGUUGGGAAUGUUUAAAGGAGAUUGUUUACAUGUUAUUUUGUUCCAAUUAUGUCCCUACACAUUUAUUUAUAUACCCAUAAUACCCUUAUGAAAUUGUUUAUCUAAUCAUCUCUCACAUUUUGCCGGGAACACUUCCCUCCACUUUUUUCGUUCCACCCGCCCAUAGCCACUCACCUUCCACCCCCAAUUUUCGAGGUCUCUACCCAGAAAUUCCACCGCCUGCAAAAGCUCAAUUUCAGCUUUACUAAGCGCCACCAAAACUCAAUCCCGUAGUCGUCCGAGAAAUAAUCCGACCUCCUCGGCCUCCCCCAUCCGCGAUUGCUAUAACAUCUUCCCCUGUUUAUACCGACCUAGCUACCGAUAGCCUCGUCGCGCCGCCUGUCCAAUCGGUGCAAUUAGUGUCAGCAUCAUCAAAAUUGGGAAUGAAGAACUCAUACAGGUUGCUGCUUCCAGAGAGUUAAUUGGUAUUUUGUUUUGGCCAUGGAAAGGUGUCGUAUGCAGAGGAGGAAGGCAGCUGCAGUCACAGUAUCUGCAUAUUUCGAGUUAGUGUUUAACCUUGUUAAGUUGAUUAUUCAGUAUUAUAAGGAACUGGAAUCUGAAGUUGUUCAAGUAACAGAACAUGUUACAGUGUGGGAGACACCCAUGAAACGACUAGAAGCUAGGAAUUCAUUCAUGGCAUGUAUCACUUCCCAUGGUGACAUAUCUAGCACUAUUCUUAUUAGAAUGAACGGUAGUUCCUUUAAAACUCUAUGUACUCUUCUUAGAGAUCAAGGGGGCCUUAGGUGUAGUUGGCACAUGGGCAUAGAUGAGAUGGUUGCCAUCUUUUUAUACACCAUAGCGCAUAAUGAAAAGAAUCGAGUUCUGCAAAAAACCUGUCGACGUUCAGGGGAAACCAUUAGUAGGGUUAUCAAACGUGUCCUUAACUCAGUCUUGAAACUUCACCCUAUUCUACUUCGUAAGCCAAAGCCGGUUCUUGAGAAUUUAGAAGAUCUAAGGUGGAAGCACUUCAAGGUAAAUUUGUUUACCACAUGGUGUUUUGCUUGAAGUUUCAUACCGUAUUACUUAUAUAUGUUCAUUCAUUUUGUAGAAUUGCCUUGGUGCCCUUGAUGGAACCAUAAUAGAUGUACGGACAACCAAAGAGAAAAAAGAAAGAUAUCAGAUGCGUAAGGGAACGAUUGGUAUGAAUGCGUUGGGAGUUUGCAAUCAAGACCUAGAGUUCAUUUAUGUCUUGUCAGGAUGGGAAGGGUCGGCUCAUGAUGGAAGAUUUCUAAGAGAUGCUCCUAUUAGGCCAAAUGGACUGAAGGUUCCUAGAGGUAAACAUUAAAACACAGUAGGUACAGUUGCUGCAAUUUGUAUAAAAUAUGAUGAAGGUGCUAGUUUCAGACUUUGUUGGUUGUUACCAAACACUAUUUGACGACAACAUAUGUUGUUGUUAGUUUAAAUGACAAGAGGUUUCUUUCUUGGUUAGGAUACUACUAUUUGUGUGAUGCUAGUUACAGUAACUGCCAAGGAUUCUUAGCACCUUACUGAGGACAACGAUAUCACCUUAAAGAGUGGAGUGGGAAUAGACCAAAAAGUCCCAAAGAGAUCUUUAAUAUGAGACAUGCAAUGGCGAGAAAUAUUAUAGAGCGAGUAUUUGGUAUAUUGAAGAUGCGGUGGGCUAUUUUGAGAGACAAGACAUAGUUUUCCACUCAUAUGGUGGCGAAAAUCGUGAAUGCUUGUUGUCUAAUUCAUAAUUUUAUACGAGGAGAGGUGGUUGCUGAUGUCUUUGAGAGGGUGUACCGCGAUGAAGAUCCACCUACUGAACUUGACCUUGAGGAUGAAGACCUAAUAAUGCAUAUUCAGCCAACACCGGAGUGGACUCAAUUUAGGCAGCAAUUGGCUCAAGAUAUGUGGGGCUACUAGAACCUGGUCUGCUAACUAAAUAUGUGUGAAGUAUAACAACACAUACCAAUUUUGCUUUUGGUUAUUGGUUGCCUUGAACUUUUGGGAUGGAGUAAUCCAGGUAGGGUGGCUAUAUUGAAUCAAGCAGACAUUCAAUAGGGUGAGUGGUUAGACAGAGGAGAGUUUGGUUUGUGUUUGUUGUAGCUUAUUAAUUAACAGAGGCUUACCUUCUAAUUAAGUGGAGUAAAGACAAAAGGUAGUUUGUUGGUUCAAGUAUUUAUUAGGGUAGGUGUUAUUAAUUUAUUAGACGUAUUCCUCUCUGUAUUUAUAUAUGCUCAAGAAAGCUUCACAAGUGCUGCAGAAGAAUUGAGUAAAAGCUAUCCAGGUAAAAAGCUAUCUCUUGGUUUUUUAUUCUUGCUGGUUUUUUUGUAAGUUUUGUUUGAAGUUCAGUUUGUGCUUUUCAGUUUGAACCAUGGCUGACGUUGAAAUGUUUGAGGGAUCUGCUGUUGAUAAGAAGGCAAAGGAGUAUAACAAAUGGACAGAGAAGGAAGAUGAAGUGUUCAUUGAAAGUAUGCUACAUUUGCUCGAGACAAAGGAAGUGGAAUGCGGAAAUUUCAAAAAUGGAGGCUUGAAGAAACUCGAGGCUUUGAUACUGAAGAAGCUUCCAGGCCUUACAGAAAAUGUGAAGUCAAGGCAUCGCUGGUUCAAGGGAAAGUAUUCUGCCAUAUGCGAUAUAAAAAAUGGGGCCUGUAGUGGAUUCGGGUGGGAUGCGGUCAAGCAAACUGCUUGUGGCUUUGUUUACCAAAAUGAUGUAUUAACAGGGACUCUCUGUUGCUGGUUUUUAUAUAUGAUCAAUUUCUAGUAAGUAGUAGUACAAAAAGUCAUUUCCUUGUUUUUGGUAAUUCAUUUAUUCAGGCUUAUGCUCUCUGGGCAUGCUCUUUUGCUCCUAUUAUUAGCAUAUAGUUUAGGAUUUGUGUUGUCUCAAUGAAAAGACCAGAAAGAUGUUAUAUUGAUGCUUGAAGAAUAUGCAACAUGAUAAAUGUAUGGUUCUCCUUCAGAGUUUUCUGGUCUUGUAAUGGUGUCAUUUAUUACUACAAACUAUUGUAACAAUUUUACUCUUAGUGAUAACCCAUAAAAAGAAGGGUAAAAGUGAUAUUUCACACAAAAAAAUGAAUAUAACCUUUUGAAUGUUAAUAUAACUAUCACCAAAAUCAAAUAAGGUAAAUUACAUUGCUUCAUUUUUCUUAAUUGCAUGUAUAUCACAAUGCAUGCAUUGAAGUAUCAGCAAAACCAAACGACCCCUAAAUUGUGUGAUUCUAGGGUAAAAUAUCUCUGAUGCCACUUAAGUUUGAAUAGGGUGUCGGGUACCAUUAAAGUCGCCAAAAUGUGCAUUCGUCUACUUUUCCAUCCAACCUAAACUUUUAAUUACUUUUUGGUACCCAAAACUUUUAAAAACAUCCAAAACUAUAUUUCAACAAGUUUUAUCUAAUGUUUAGAAAUUCUUCUAAACAUAUUAUUACUAGAAUGACUAAUCAAAUUUUUCAAUAAAAUAGAUGAAUUAGUAAACAUAAUAACGAAUAUAAAGAAGAAUAGUAAAUAUAGUAGAAUAUAAUAAUAACUAUUUAAAAUCAAUAUUAGCAUAUCUAUUUAAACCCCCUAAUUCAAUUAGAAGCACCAUUAAAAAUAGUUAAAAUAGCACCUAAUCGAUUAUCAAUAUGUCAAAAUUAAAGAAGAAUGAAUGGAACACAAUAAAAAAGAAUUAAAAAUAUUCCACUAAUUGAAAAAAAUUAGAACGAAAAGAGAUGGAAAGUAACCAAGUAACAAAUAAAAUAUAAAAAC